AUGGCUCGCAAUUGCACCGUCAUUCCCAAUUCGGUGCCGAGUGAUGCGGGCAUUGCGGGUGCAGGGGUCCUACUCGCCUCGGCUAUCACAACCGGGUUAUCACUAGGACUAUCGGCUAGUCUAGUCCUCCAAGAUGUGUUAAAACGCUCAUCAUCCCGGAAUCCAUCCGUCAUCCGGCGACAGCUUCUCAAUGGAUAUUCAGACCAGCAAAUUAUGGUCGGCAUCGGUCUUCAAAGUGUCGGGCUGGUAAAAGCCGACUCCCUGGUGCCGUACCAUUUCUUUUUGAUAUGGAUGUUGGCGCUUCUCUCCAUGGCCACGCAUAACGCCACACUCCUCGCCUUAGUCCAGGACUUUAAACGGGACUGGGUUUUGAGGUGGAUGCGGCAACUCUUAAUGUUUGUCAACCUCGCUCUCUCUUGUGUUUACGGGGUCUAUGUGCUCCAAAGCAAGAUCAAAGGGUUGCCGGCCACGCUGCCUAUCGGCUGCGUCUGGGGGCUGGAUUCUACUUCGUCAAAUGUCGGCGGGCUUGAUUACGUGGGGACCAUCGCGACCAUUGCUGGGAACUGCGUUGUGUUUGGCCUCGCAACAUGGUACCUACAAAGCCGGAGGCAGCGGUUUUACAGAAUUGUCCAAAUUGUCGGCUUGGUCCUUAUGUCAGCCAUCGCCAUCGGUGCGACCGUUCGAGCAUACCUUCUUUCACAAGCCUUUGGAAGACCAGACGUCAAGCUCAGUGAUGAAGGAGAGAAACAAUGGAGCUUCGGUCAGCUUCUCUCACUCCUCAUGCUCAUCCUGCCUGUUAUUUCAGUAGUUGAGGUCAUGCGGGGGGCGAUAGCUGUGGCGCCGCCGGUGCCUGACGAUGACAAGCAAAGUUUGCUAAAUGGUGAACUGUCCGACAUCCCACGAUUCAGGGGGAGUGAUUAG